UGUCUGUGUCUGUGUUUUGUAACUGACAACUGACAAGCAAAUCAAGAAAUUAAAAUUGAGUGCAAUGAGCGAAUUGGCACAUCUUUAGGUGUUAUGUUCCUUAGAUUUUGAUUGUAAAAAGUUAACGAGUGCUAUUGAGUGCUAUUUGGAAUAUGUGUAUUCGAUAAAGAUGUCAAAAGUAAAUCAAACUAAAAAAAUUAAUUAUGAUGACUUGGAAUAUAGGAUUACACCAGUUCAGCAAGCUGCGGCUUCAUGUACCGGAGCUGUUAUAACCUCACUCUUUGUUACUCCUCUGGAUGUCGUAAAAAUUCGGCUGCAAGCCCAACAAAAAGAGAUAAAGCCCAGCAAAUGUUUUUUGUAUUGCAAUGGAUUGAUGGAUCAUAUAUGUAAGUGCGCUCCUGAAGAUAUCAAUACGUGGUAUCAACGCCCAGGGCAUUUUAAUGGUACUGUAGAUGCUUUUAUUAAAAUUGGUCGAACGGAAGGAUUAACCUCACUGUGGAGUGGUUUAAGCCCUACAUUAGUACUUUCUAUACCAGCCACAAUUGCAUAUUUCGUAACAUAUGAACAGUUAAGGUUAAAAUUGAAAGAUUUAUAUAAUGCAAACAAACCUGUAAAUGAACCUUUAAAACAACCUUAUUGGAUACCGAUGUUAUCAGGGGCAACCGCAAGAAUUAUUUCAGCGACAACAGUUAGCCCACUAGAAUUGAUUAGGACAAAAAUGCAGUCCAAAAAAUUAAGUUAUUAUGAAAUUGGGGAAGGUUUGCAAUUAUUAAUCAAACAAGAUGGGAUAAAGGGUUUAUGGAAAGGAAUUCUUCCAACUUUAUUAAGAGAUGUUCCAUUUUCUGCUGUAUAUUGGAUGCACUAUGAAAGCAUCAAGUCCUUUUUUUUAAAUUCUGAUACUGUUCCAUCCUUUUGGUUUAGUUUUGUAGCAGGCGCAAUUUCUGGAUCUAUUGCUGCGACAGUCACAGUGCCAUUUGAUGUAGUCAAAACUCAUCAACAAAUUGAAUUUGGAGAGACAACUCUAUACAGUGACCAGCCUGGGAAAAGCAAAACAACAAUGGAAAUAUUUAGGGACAUUUAUAGACAACACGGAGUAAGGGGACUAUUUGCUGGGAGCGUACCCAGACUUAUCAAAGUUGCACCAGCUUGCGCUAUUAUGAUAUCUUCGUUUGAAUAUGGGAAAGUAUUCUUUAACAGGUUAGCUAGGCAAAACACUUCGUAUUCAGUUGAAGAUGACACAUUAAGUGUUCAUCAACAUAAAGUUCCAAGUAAUGUUAGUCAGUUUGCAGAUAAUAAUAUUUUAAGUCGAACUAGUCCUAGUCAAGACAUUCUGUAAUUACUCAGGUUAUUUUUUUUUAUUUACCAUAGUUACAAUAUUUGUGACUUCUGUUAUAUCUGUAAUAAAAUUUUAAUGGAAAUAAUUUCUUAAAAUUGCAAAACCAAUACAUUUUGAUGUUGGCGCAAUUUUAAGAAAUUUAGAUUCAUAAUUCAAUACAUGGCAUGAUAUUUACCGAUUAAUAAAAUUGUUUU